AUGAACAAACAAUUUCUUCUAGAUUCCUUAAACAGACGCGUUGACGACAAACGCCCGAAUUCUAGCGGCACAUCCCUGUUCAAUGUGAUAAAAAGGAACACCAACGCCCUUCUUUUCAACGAUUUCCAGAGGAAAUCCAAUGAAUCCGACAGCAGGGAUGUUUUGAGGUCGGUAAUUAACUCCGGUAAGGAGAGCUUGAGCCCACUGACGAGGGUGCUGUACAAGAACGACAAAUUGGAGCUUCUGAGGUCCUUCAACCGCCAUUUCAACAACAAGUUCGGUGCCAGUGAGCUCCUAGGCUACGUUUCACGUCGGUACUAUACCGACUUGCUGGCGAACCUGGACUUUUUCAAGCAAACACUGGCGUGUGAUAUUCACAUUUUUCGUUCGGCCCAAGUACGAUUUUCCUCCAACGUUCUCGUGUUAAAGGGCACAAUCGACCACAGAAACUGUGAAUUUCUUCUAAACAAGAAAAGGCUUAAGUGGUUUCUGAGAAACUGCUAUGUCCCCUUAUCGCAAAAGCUUGUAAACUUGAGCAAUUCCAAGGAAUCAGCCUCUUUUACCCCUGAGAGGUUGUCAUUCCUCCUUUUCAACUCCAUGUUUCUGGCCAAUGACAUCAUAAUCACCAAGGCGUUCAUUCUAAUUUACUAG